CUGAUGUAGUUUACAGCCGCCAUAUUGGAUCCGGGGCGGGGAGAGUUGCUCUGACAGCUUCAGAGUCCUACCCAGACAAAAUCCGCGCACUAUUUCUAAACACACAGUAACUCCCAGCACCUUGAGUUUGACAUUUAGCAUAAAACGUCAAUACUGAAAAACUGCUUGGAAGCAAAGCCAGUUUUAGCUUUCUGAGAUGUGUGGAAGAACUGCGUGCACUCUAGCUCCGGACGAGGUGAGCCGAGCCUGCUCGUACAGAAACCGGGGCGGACAGCGGAGACAGCCCCGCUGGAGGGACGGAGACGCGGACAAAUAUAGACCCUCCUACAACAAGAGUCUCCAGUCCAUGAGUCCGGUUCUGGUGUCGCAGAGACAUUUCGACAAGACUGCUCCUGUGGAUGAAUGUGUUUUGGCCUCAAUGCGUUGGGGUCUCAUACCCGCCUGGUUCAAGGAGAGUGACCCCAGCAAGAUGCAGUACAGCACCAGCAACUGCCGCAGUGAAAACAUUCUCGAGAAAAAGUCCUACAAGGACCCCCUGUUGAAGGGACAGCGCUGCGUCAUCAUGGCUGACGGAUUUUAUGAGUGGCAGAGGGUGGAAAAGGAGAAGCAGCCUUUCUUCAUCUACUUUCCUCAGAAAAACGGCCCGAGCCAGGAGCGGAAAGAGGACCAGCAGCAGGACGUCACGUCUUCAACUUGCAAUACAGUCGUGUCAGAGAAAGGGGAAAUCUCGCAUGACCUGGCAGAGGAAAGUGAAGCUCCUGCUGAGUGGACCGGGUGGAGGUUGCUGACGAUGGCCGGAGUGUUUGACUGCUGGACACCACCAGGCGGUGGAGAAGCUCUUUACACCUACAGCGUCAUCACUGUGAACGCUUCACCGAAUCUCCAAAGCAUUCACGACAGGAUGCCAGCCAUCCUGGACGGAGAAGACGAAGUGAGAAGAUGGCUCGAUUUUGGGGAGGUGAAGUCUCUGGACGCCAUCAAGCUGCUUCAGUCCAAAGACGUUUUGACCUUUCACCCCGUCUCGUCUUUUGUCAACAACUCGCGCAACAACUCCCCAGAGUGCCUCCAACCGGUGGAUCUCAGCAGGAAAAAGGAGAUCAAGGCCACAGCUAGCAGUAAGAUGAUGAUGAGCUGGCUGUCGAGUGGCAGCCCGGCUAAAAGGAAGGAGCCCGACACGAACGAGACCAAAGGAGAGCAAGACAGCAAGGCUAAGAGUCGAUGCAAGCCUGCCGGAGGACUUCAGCUGUGGCUUCAGGGAGCCAAUAAGAAACCGAGAACAAAAUAAACAAGAAAUUUAGCUGUUAGAGAUCAUUUCAGUCUUCAUUUUUGUAAAUGAAAAUGUUUGUGUAUUUCUUAUGUUGAUGCCUUUUAUGUUUUUUUGACUGCCCAAGAUUUAAUAAUAAAUACCAAGAACUCUUUACGCUUAAGUCAAGAUAUUUUUAUUAUCCAUUACUUGAAACGCAAAGACAUUUUGAAACAAUGUAGAUGUUGUGCAUUACCAUAUUCUAAUAAUGAUGAAUGCCAAAGAUUUCCAUCUGUCUUUUUAAGAGUCAGAGUUACAGUAUGUGUGCUAUUUUAGACUCUACGAUGAAUUUCUAGCUCUCAGUAUAAUACAAACCAACAGUUAAAGAUCCAAUCAGUUAAAAUAAGAUGAGAAGCACUUAAACUGUUUGCCACCACAGGCGAGUUGGCAGAGUCGGAUAUGAAGAUUUACAACAGCUUUCUUUGCCUUCCCUAAACCAUGAUUGAGAAAUUCGCAAUUAUACACAAAGUCUUGUAAAAUAAACAUAUUUAAUAAAAGGAGUUAUUUCAGAAAAAAAAAAAAAAAAAUCCCUCCUCCCGGUUUAUCUGGCAUGCUGUAUUGAUGCAGCUGGUUCCCAUGUCAAAUGAUGUGAGAACGGUAAAUGAUUACAAGAUGAACCUUCAUUUUUCCAACAGAGGAGCAGCGCUUAGAUCAAAAGUCCCAACCUAAGCUACAAUCAGAUUUAUUGUGUGGCUCGAAAUGAGUCUUCUCCAUAAAUUUAAGCUACUGGGUAUGACAGCAUGAUUGCAAAGUGAGGGAAAAUAACUACAUAUUUGUCAGAUGGACUUUUUUUCCCCCCAACUUGAUUCUCAAUUAUAUGCCAAUUUUUUAAGAGUCAGCCACCAUUAUUUUCAUCUAAUUCACUUGUUUAGUUUCACACAAAAGCCCUGCUGAAGUAGGGGGAUUUCUUUUAUGCGGUCCAGGCUGUAUAUAUAUCACUGUAACAAGUCUUAGGGAAAAUAUGGAGCAGCAGUGUUUCCUCUGUUUGUGCAGCAAUGGUGGACCGAGAGAAAAUAACCACCACAAUUAAAGACAUUUUGAUUAUUAAAAAAAAAAAA